AUCCAUUUAGUUUCACUUUUGAUUCUGCUGAAACGAUAGUCCUAUUUAUUGAAGUUAAAGCGCAUUGAAAUAGUAUCGCAAGCCUGAUCGGAUAGUUGGUAUAGCCUACAUUUGUUUUACAAUAAUGCAUGUACUUUAUUUGAUACACAGUAAUACACUAUGCGCCUCCAAUAAAUGAUGUUGGCCUGUUCUUAAGGUAUUUUCCAGUUUAAGGGGGCGUGUUUAAUUUCCUUCAGUUUCGAGCUUUGUCAUCAAGAUAGAUUUGUUAGGAGAAUUCGUUAUUGCUUACGAACUUCGCUGCUCUCAGAUAAUCAUUGGAUUCACUGUACUCUGCAAGCCAUGGCUAAGACACAUGCCAUUCCUCUCGAUACGGAGAUGGUGAGCAUCCUUAAGCCAUGUGGAACAACUUUUACAUACGUUCUGCAAAGCAAGUUCGGAUGCAAGGCUGUGCUCCAUGGUGUGGAAGCUGCAAGUACAGCACAUUACAACAAGCCAUCUCCUGACAAAAGGUUUUCUGUCCAACUGGUCAGUGGCAUCAGUUUGUCCGUAUGGAUGGACGACCUUACCACUCAUAAUGCAGAGGCGGUGGUCAAUGCUGCCAAUAUGGAUCUUCAGCAUUGUGGAGGUCUUGCACUAGCACUUAGCAAUGCUGGUGGCCCCAGUAUCCAGAAAGAGAGUGAUGAGUACACAAAGGCCAAAGGAAGGUUGAAAACAGGAGAUGCCAUUAUUACCAAUUCUGGAUCUCUUCCAUGCAAGAAAAUCAUUCAUGCUGUGGGGCCAUGCCUGCCAAACAAUCCAACUGAAUAUGAAAUUAUUGAGGCAAUACCAAAACUGCGCAGAACCAUUCUAAGCAUUCUAAAGGAAGUAAGGAAAGAGAAUCUGAAGUCUGUUGCAAUUCCUGCCAUAAGUUCUGGCCUGUUUCACUUUCCUUUAGAUCUCUGUGCCGACGUCAUUGUUAAAACUUUGAUAGAGUACAACAGCACCUACAAUGGAGAUCCUUUUGAGGUUCGCCUGGUCAAUCAUGAUGAACCAUCAGUCAGGAAGAUGGAAAGUGCAUGCAAAAAGAUACUCUCGUCCUCAGCGGCUCAUAUGCUUAGUCAUCCACCAGCGGCUCAGUGGCAGGCAUCCUCACACAGUCCGCUAAGGAUGACUCAGCCCUCCAAGACUUCAUACAGUAAUGCUGUGAGCCACAGAACAAAAUCCACUCCACACCAACAUUCUUUUAAAAUCAACAAUGUCAGUCUGAAUGUCAGUACAGGAUACAUCGAGAAACAGAAGACAUACAGUAUUGUGAACACAAUUUCUCCUGAUCUUGAUUUGUCGGCUGGGAAAAUAUCCGGAUCCAUUCUAAAAAUGGCUGGACUAGGCAUCCAGGAGGAGAUACGGAACAAAUACUACCCUGGCAGCUAUGCUGAUGUACUUGUGACCGCUGGACACAAUUUGUCAUGCAAUGUUGUGUACCACACAAUAUGUCCUCAAAGAACUGAUCAAAGAUCUGAGAAGGUUCUUGCUACUCUUGUCGAAAGGUGUCUAAGCAAGGCACAAAUGAUGGGUGUGUCAUCAAUCUCCUUUCCAGCCAUUGGCACUGGUGUGCUUGGCUUCAGCAAGCAAGAGGUUGCCCAGAUCAUGAUGGACACUGCAGUUAAAUUUGCCCACCACAGUGAUGAAUUACAAAUGGAUAUCCAUUAUAUUAUAUAUCCAGGUGACUCUGAGACACUUAAGGCUUUUGAAAAUAAACUGAAGUCUCUUAGGGGCGCAGCAUCAUAUCCUAGCUCCUUCAACAGUUUCUCGUUUACAGAACACGAGUCCAGAACUGACCAUUAUGACUCCAGAGAUGCAGUGAAAAGUGCCCAAGAAUAUAUAGAGCUCACUACUGCCUGUGAUGAGAUGUUGAGAGAGGCCCUACGCUGGUAUAAUGACAUGCUUACCAACAAACAUGGCUUCAGCAUUCACAACAAUUUCAUCCAGCACUUUGGUCAGGAGGAGAUGGAUGAGCUGUUGAACAUUCAGACCAAGUGGGGAGUGUUCAUCAAGGUGUUCUUUCAAGAUGGCUACGCAGGUGUGAACUUGCAGGUGGUUUCUGGAGAUAUCAGACCUGCAGUGUUAGAGGUGGAAGCCAUGUGCUGCCAAGUCCAAGAGGAUUUUGCAAAAGAAGAGGAAAGAGACAUGUGCCUGAAAACCCCCAUCAGUUUCUCAAGGAAGCCUUUAGAUGCAAACAGUGCUGUGUAUAGAGAAAAACUGAAGACUUUUUCUGGGUUUCAAAUUGUCAGAGUUGAAAAGUUGGAGAAUAGCAGCCUGAGGCAGCUAUUUGACCUUAAGAAGAAGCAAUUGCAGGUGUCUACCACUCCUAAGCUGAUGUACCAGCGCUUGCCAGCACAAUUCUGUAACCUGCUUAGCCGAGUGGGCUUCCAGAGGGAAUUUGCACCACCGUAUGAGCAAAAGCAAGGAGCGGGGAUCUACUUCAGUUCCUCUGUAAAGCAGGCAGAGAAGCUCUGGAAAGGCUUGGCAGAUGAAGAGUACAUGUACUUCGUUGAAGCGGUUGUGCUGACAGGGAAGUCCACUGUUGGAUCACCAGAUCUUAUUGUGCCACCAGAGAUUCACAGUGGUGACCCUUUCUCCCUGUAUGAUAGUGUAACAGGGGGCAUAGAUACCCAUGUCAUCUUCAAUGGUCACCAGGCUCUACCUGAAUAUCUGAUCAUCUGCACACAAAAAAACACAUUGAACUAAGCAAAUGUUUAAAUGAUUAACAAGAACUCGGAUUUGAAGGUGUUGAAAAUGUGAAGGAAAAAUAUCUAUCUGUAAUAAUCAUAUAGGUCACUCUGGUUCAAUGAUUGUCCACUCUAUUGUACAAGCAUGCGUUUUGAUUAAUCAACUGAUUCAUUAAAUGUUGACAUUUACAUUAUUGUUUAGUUUAAUUUCUGUAAAAAGUUUUGUCAGUAUCAGCUCAACAGUAUAAGUUUAUAACAAGCUAAUUAUUGCAGUUUUUAUAAUAGAUGUUCCAGCAACAGGUAAUAAUUGUGGGCUGUUUUUAUUGAUAUUACUGGGAAUCUUUAUGUUCAUGGCUUUUAUAGAGUACAUCUUUUACAUAUUAACUACCAGUGGAUGUAAUGAUAGGACUCUACUAUUGACAUUUAUAGAAUUAAAAACAAUAUUUCCUCCUGUUAACUCCCAAUUUCAUGAUAUUCAAUUGUACUUACAACCUCUGAGAUUUGACGAUCUGGACAAGCAUACUCUGAGAUGUCCCGUCAAGCUAUUGUUCUUUUCACACUGCUCACUCAGCCAGUCAGGGAAAUUAGAGAAUGGGAAGAGCUCCUUUGUCUAUCAACAUUAGUUAAGCUACAUUUGCUAAAGCACUGAGACAAGGAAAAACCCUGCUGUCAAAUGCCUCCCCUUCUCCCUUAUUGGACAGGUUUUUCCUGCAAAACAGAUUCUGAUCAAUGGGUUUAUUCUAGGUUGAAUAAACCAUAUGUACAGAUUUAGCCUAGCUUAUGCUAAUCUUGUAAUUAAUGUAGUGUAUUAAUUGUAAUCGUAAUGUAGUGUAGUUGAUGAAAUAUGUACUGUGUAAGUUGAACAGUAGGGGGCAGACAGGGGAGAAGAGGGGGGAGCGAGUCACGCAUGUAAGAGGUAAGACGAUGAGGGUUGACAAUAAAAUAAAUAAAUGAAGA